AUGGGAGAACUCGCGGUGCUCGAUCCGGGAAAAAAAAUCAAUCAAUUCAACGUGCUCGAUUUUGGAAUGUGUCGGAAAUUCGUGCACGACGAUGGACAUGAUGGAUGUGACAAAGAACCGCGAACGGUGUCAGGAUUCAGAAGUACGGUUAAAUAUGUGCCAGUGGCUUGUCAUCGGAGUCGUGAGCAGUGUCGUUUGGAUGACUGCGAGGCGCGGUUAUACUUGCUUGUCGAGCUGACGCGUGGAACGCUUCCCUGGAGGAAAAUGAAGGACAUCAAAGAGAUUGGUGAAGAGAAGAGAAGCGUUUGGAUGAGUGAUCUGGGCAUGAAACAACUCUUCGGUGGAUAUCCACGCGAGUAUUCAUUGACAUUU